AUGCGUCGUUUUAUCACAGUACUGUUGCUUGUGGCUUUGACCCAGGCUAAGCCACAAUUCUUCGGGCUUUCUCAGAGCUACGGCGUCCCACAGUUCCAGCCAUCCAACCCCAUCCCCGCCCCUGCCCCCGCCCCCCCACCAGCCCCCACCUCUAGCUACGGCCUCCCCGCCUCCCCCAGCAACCCCUUCCCCGAUGUGAACAUCGCCCCCGUCCUGCCUCAGGAACCUUCCGGUCUCUACGAAAUCCCAAGCUCUGACUCCAACAACAACCCUGUGGCCUCCUGCAACCCGAGGACCGAGAUCUCCGUCGUCACCACCACCAGGUUCAUCCCCAGCACCGUCAUCGAGACCCGCACCCGCGCCCUUCCCACCACCGUCUACUCCGAAAUCACGCAGACGCAGUACUUCCCAUCCACCGUCGUCACGCAGCAAAUCAUAACCUCGGUUGUUCCUCCAGUGAUCCAGACAACGACUGAUGUCGUGACCAACGUCCAGUACGUCACCCGCGCCCAGUACUUCACCCAGACCUCCUACGUCACCGACAUCCAGCUCCAGUACAUCACCGAAACCCAGACGCAGAUCCAGACCCGCUUCCAGACCCAGACCCGGUUCCGCACUGAGACCCAAUUCCAGACUCAGUUCCAGACAGAGUUCCGGACCGAAACCCGCACCAGCACCCAGCUUCAGUACAUCACCCAGACGGAGCGCGUCCCCGAGUUCAUCACCCAGACCCAGACCCAGAGGGUUCCCGAGUACAUCACCCAAACCCAGACCCAAUUCCAGACCGAAUUCCGCACCCAGACCGUCACCUCCACCCGCGUACAGAACCAAGUGAUCACCCAGACCGUGACCAGCACCCGCGUCCAGAACAACUUCGUCACCCAAACCCAGACCCAAUUCCAGACCGAAUUCCGCACCCAGACCGUCACCUCCACCAGGGUCCAGAACAACGUGGUCACCCAGACGCAGCAGGUGCCCCAGUUCAUCACCCAAACCCAGACCCAGCGCGUGCCCCAGUACAUCACCCAGACGGUCACAUCCACCAGGGUCCAGAACAACGUGGUCACCCAAACCCAGCAGGUCCCCCAGUACAUCACCCAGACCCAGACCCAGAGAAUCCCACAGUACGUCACCCAGACCGUCACGUCCACGCGCAUCCAGACGGUCCAGGCUGACUGCGGGGGCGCCUCCAACAACAACCCAACUACCAUGAUGGCUGGAUACUAUUAAGGAUCAAAAGCACUUCCUUCUGUAUGAGAAGAUCGCCCUUGCAUCUGUGUUGUGUCCGUGUGGAUACUGCCAAGAAUUUCACGCUUAAGGGUCGAAGUGUAAGUUGUUAUCAUCACUAACAUUGUUUAAUUCAAAUUCGAUGAUCUCGGCAAAUUUGUUCUUGUUUUUAAAUGACUUUUCUUUAAGAUGAAAAGCAAGUGUCAAUAAAAGUAAAUGAGUCGUAAAAGGAAGAAGAAAGAAAGAUAAAAGAAAAGGAAAAAAAGAUAAAGAAUAGAAAUACGACACAGAUGUGAUAGCAAGGGUUUCCCAUACAGAGGAACCGCUUUUAUGUGUUGAGAAUGAGCUUUAGUAUCGUGGUUUUCACACGGGUAUUGUGCCACUGUAUAAGAUGGUGAUAGAAAUCUAUGACAUGUCUAUUCCUAUCUUCAUUUGGGGUUACAUGUGGGCAAGUUAUGUGAUGAAUCAUAUUUUUUUUUGUGGAAGCAGUUAUGAUUGCUGUCAUCCUGCUUAAAUGCAUAUUUCUCUAUUUUGUAUUGUACCAUAUAUUGAAAAUAUACUUUUGUAUUAUAAUAAAA